UAAUAAUCGUGUAAUUGUCCAGCCGCGGUGCAAUCUCGCGUGAGGGGUUUUGUGUGUAAUCAUAGUGCCCAUCGCGUGACACAAACUGUGAUGAUGGAUGGCGACAGUGUGCAGUCGAUGAGCGACUUUAAACAACAAGUGGCCGCCGUUCCGCCGUACGGAUUAAAGCUCAAGUUUGACCAUGUCUUCACCGACACCCGCAACCAGAACCUGCGCCCUUCGAUCCGCCAGUUGCUGCCCAUUGUCCCGAUGGCGCUUCGGUACAUUCCGUACUACUGGAAGGUAUCGCGGGAAGGGCGCCAGGUGCUGAUGGACUAUCUGUACACGGAGAACGCGAAGCAGAUCUACGGGGCCCCGCUCGGUGGCAUCGGUGCCGGCACCAUUGGCCGUGGGUUCGCCGGCGAGUUCUGCCGCUAUCAGCUCCGGCCCGGACUGUACGAGUACAACACCGUGCACGCCAACCAGUUCAUCGUGACCAUUAAGGACGAAGCUGGCGCCACCAUAUUCCAGAGUCUGCUGUCGACCUACAGCCAGCGGACUAACUCUUCGACCCGUUCUGCCGCGAAACCGCGUCGUUCCAGUCGCCCAAAGACGCCACUCGGCAGCUGGGAGAGUGGCCUGGAUGCGUCGCGCUGUUCCUACACGGCGCUGUAUCCGCGCGCCUGGUCCGAGUACGACCUCAGCGAGUACGGGGUGCGGCUGGUGCAGCGCCAGGUAUCGCCGAUCAUCCCGCACGACUACAAGGAGAGCUCGCUGCCGUGCGGGGUGUUCGUGUGGACGGUCGAGAAUGUGUGCGAUCGCGAUCGGCAGGUAACGAUCACGUUCACGUUCCGGAACGGAACCGGCACGAAGAAGCAGGACGCGGAGGGCGCCGCCGAGACGGGUGCUUUCUCGCAGGGAUCGGCACGGGGCGUCAGCAUCCGGCAAACGAUCGCCAACAUGCAGUGCACGUACUGCGUGAGCUGCCGCAGCUCGUCGGAGAUCAAUCUGACCCGAUGCGAGCGGUUCGACCCGAGCGGCAACGGUGAACGCCUGUGGAACGACCUGAAGGAACGUGGCCACCUGUCGGAGCAGUCGGUGGACGAAACCGUGAAGACGAAAGAUGUGGCCGUUGCGGUCAGUGGACAGAUUCUGGUGCAACCGGGCACCACGUCCGAGCUCCAGUUUGCCCUCGUCUGGGACAUGCCGAAGGUGCACUUUCAGAAGCGCGGCAAAGAGUACUACCGCUACUACACGAAGUACUUCGGCAAGACGGGCGACGCCGGCCCGAUGCUGUCGGACUAUGCGCUCAGUAACUACGGCAAGUGGGAGCGUCUGAUCGACGAGUGGCAGCGACCAAUCCUGGACGAUGCAGAUCUUCCCGAUUGGUACAAGAGUGCCAUCUUCAACGAGCUGUACUUCAUAGCGGACGGUGGCAGCGUGUGGUUCACGGCGGACGACUCGGACCUCCCGUACGAUGACCCGCGCCUGGCGUACGGCCGUUAUUCGUACCUCGAGGGGCACGAGUACCGCAUGUAUACCACUUACGAUGUUCAUUUUUAUGCGUCCCAUGCGCUCGCCAGCUUGUGGCCUAAUCUGCAGGUGAGCAUCCAGUACGACUACAAGGAUAGUAUAGAGCGCGAAAUCAGCGAGGGACGCAAACACCUGUACGAUGGGAAAGUCAUUCCGAGGAAGAUCAAAAAUUCGGUUCCCCACGACCUCGGUGAUCCGGCUGAGGAACCUUUCGAUCUGAUUAACGCCUAUCCGAUCCACGACGUUUCGGAGUGGCGCGAUCUGAACAUCAAGUUCAUCCUGCAGGUGUACCGUGACUACUACACGCUCAAUCACUACGCCCAGCUGAACGCGGAGAACGCCAGCAAGUUCAGCUCGAUCGAGUUCAUCGACAAGGAAAGCAUGUACGAUACGUAUAUCCAGGACAAUCGGCACCGGGCGUCCGCGGAGGCUGCGGAGAAGAAAGCGGCCAACCGUAAGUCGGCCUCGAUGUACAUCAAUGAGACGAACGGCAAAGUUUACCUGAUGGACGCGAUGACGUACCUGAAGGCGAUGUAUCCCGCCUGCAAGCUGGUGCUGGAGCGGUCGCUCGAGUGGGACAAGGACGACGAUGGGCUGAUCGAGAAUAGCCGGGCCCCUGACCAAACGUACGACAGUUGGGUGAUGGACGGCCCCAGUGCUUACUGCGGGGGACUGUGGCUUGCUGCACUGCACUGUAUGGUGACGAUGGCCAGUUUGCUCGACCAAACCGAGGACGGCGCACGGUAUCAGACGAUCCUCGAGAAGGGUCGAACGUCGUUCGAGGAGAAACUGUGGAACGGAACGUACUACAAGUUUGAUGCGCAGAGUGCCUCGAAGAACAGCAUCAUGUCGGACCAGCUGUGCGGCCACUGGUAUCUGCGCUCGUGUGGCUUCGACUACGACGUGUUUCCGAAGGAGAACGUCCGGCUGGCGAUGCGCACGAUCUAUGAGAACAACGUGAUGCGUUUCUGUGGUGGCAAUCUUGGCGCCGUGAACGGGUACGUGCCGAGUGCGCAACCGAACAAGGAGGGCCGACCGGACGUGUCCACCAUUCAGGGCGAAGAGGUGUGGACGGGUGUAACGUAUGCGCUGGCCGCGACCAUGAUCCACGAGGGAAUGUUCGAGGAAGCGUUCCAGACGGCCGGGGGGCUGUACCGUUCCCUGUCGGAGAAGAUUGGUAUGAACUUUGAGACACCCGAGGCGGUCUACGCCGAACGGCACUACCGGGCGAUCGGGUACAUGCGCCCGCUAAGCAUAUGGUCCAUGCAGACGGCGUGGGAAUUGCGGAAGCUUCGUCGUGACUAAAUUGAGACGUAGUGUUCGGCGGUGAAGAGGUAUUUCUCAAGAGCAGGUUUCUCUAGUGUUGCGGGACGUAGAAGCUGCAUUCAGCUGGGUACUAUUCUCGAAGAACAAACGCGCGCGCUGCUCGUUACAAAACAUAAUGCUUAGCUUUGGCGGCCUUCCGGUAAUAGUAGUGUCUGCUAUGGAGCGGACGCGCCGAUCAUACGGAGAGAUACUUUCCACAGCUGGUGAUAACUUCACGGUUCUGGGUUAGGGACGUAUGUCGUAAAUGUUGACAAUAUUUCGAAAGGCUCACUACAAACUGUACCACUCCGUCGGUGGCAUGUCUCUAGUCAUUAGUCAAUCGUGAGUGUCUCCGUUAGAGCACCAUGGAACGAAUGGGACAACCGAUGUGAGCGUUCUCUAAGUCCUUCAUUAACAGUAUCGUAGCGUGCGCCAGCAUCCUGUCCGACGGAAAGGCUUUGCGCCGUAGUGAGUCGGAAAGAUCAUGCAAGAAAUGUGCACCUUAGCUCUUAAUUUCCAUUCUAAUCGCUUAAUUGGUGUGAUCGAUGUGUGUUUGUGUUUAAGCUGGCAAAGGUUUAGUGGAAAUGGCGGGACAACCACGAGCCAGUAGAGGGUACGAUCCGAGAUUUUGUUAUACCCCGUUUGGCGUCGGAAAAAUGUUCAAUUUUUAUUAAUGUAAUGUUGGUACGCUACAAAAUAUACAUGUUUUUUAUUGUUUCGAUCGUUCGCGCAAAUUUAGUCACUCGCAGUAGAAACAAAAAAAACCUGAGCAAAGCUAAUUAUUGGCAAAUAAUUAUGAACGUGCUAGUGAAAAACAGAAUUCAGAAAAUUUACAUCGGAGAAGCCCUCGUAGCACUUGUGCGUGAAUGUUGUACAAAAUCA